ACAGAUUAUUACACUGUGAAUGCUCUGAAAUACCUGCCAUCCAAACACAGCCAUCGCGAAAGAUCGAGACAGAGAAUCCGAACGAGUUAAGUGAACAGCGUCCUCGGAAGGAAUGUCAUGGCACUAGUUGGUAAGCCGUUUGGCUCGGACAUCGCGGCAGAUCAACCGGAUACAAUACGCUGACAUCGGCACCCCUCGAAUCAUGGCAACUAGGGCUGAAAUCGUCGAUGAUAAGCUAUACGUUGCGGUGGGAAAGGAGCUGAACGAGAGCAAAUUGACUCUGUCUUGGGCUCUGCAUCACUCAGGAGAGAGGAAUAUAUGCAUCCUUCACGUCCACGAGCCUUCGCAGUGGAUUCCCUUCCUGGGUACAAAGUUUCCAGUGACCCAAAUGGAAGAACAGCAAGUCAAGGCGUACCGAGAAAUUGAGAGGGAAAACAUGAACAAGCUUCUGCUUGAAUACAGUAUGAUUUGUGAGCAAGCAGGGGUUCGUGCACACAUAUUACACAUUGAAAUGGAAUGCAUUGAAGAAGGGAUCGUCAAACUCAUCUCCCAGCAUGGAAUCAAAAAGCUUGUUAUGGGAGCUGCAGCCGACAAGCAGUAUUCAAAGAACAUGAUGGAGCCAAAGUCCAAGAAAGCCAUUUAUGUGCACUCACAAGCUCCUAUGUCUUGUCACAUUUGGUUUAUCUGUAGAGGGAACCUCAUCAACAUAAGGGAAGGUAGAUUAGGAGUUAGUGUGGAGGUCGCAUCUCUGAUAGGGCAGGCAAGUCCAUCCACUGAAAAUGGAAAGUCUGGUUUUUGGAGGUCAAGAUCUACUACCAAACUGCAGAAUGAUCAGCAAAACCUCAGUACUUCUGUUCCCGACUUCCGCAGAGUAAGGUCUGAUGCUGGUGGAAUGAAAGUCUUUGCUUUGUCCCCAAAUGGCUCAAGAGGGGUAACUCCUCACUGCACGUUAACUAUUGAAAGGAGCGUUGAUCGAUGGGGUGAAUUUUCUUGGAGGAGUCCUUCUCUAAAUUCACCUUUUUCAUCAUCUGGUGACAUGGUCUUCAAUUCUGCUUUGACAGCAACUCCAAGAAAGGAGGAUGGAUUAGAGUCACAUGCUAUCCAUCAUUCGCAGGAUGAUCAUCGGCACACAUCACCUUCCAGUGUACUGGCUAAAACAUCAGAAAGAGUAUAUACUGAGGAACUUAGACAAAGGAAAGAAACUGAAGAAGCACUAUUAAGGGGGAGAGAAGAACUUGAAAAGAUGAAGCAGCAGGUAGAUGUAGUCUUGGAUGAGCUCCGUAUUUCCACGGAACAGAGAUCAUCUUUGGAGACCCAAAUUGCAAACUCUGAAAUGAUGGUACAGGAGUUGGAACACAAGAUGUUCUCUGCUGUGGAGCUGUUGCAGAAGUAUAAGAAGCAAAGAGACGAGUUGCAUGCAGAGCGCAACAAGGCACUCAAAGUUGCUGAGGAGCUGAGGAAAAAUCAAGAAGAGGCGGCCUCCAAAACCAUUGCACCUCAAUUAUUUUCUGAUUUCUCUCUCGCCGAAAUUGAAGGAGCAACUAGAAAUUUUGACUCCUCCUUGAAGAUUGGAGAAGGGGGUUAUGGAAGUAUUUAUAAAGGUCUCCUUCGUCACACUGAAGUGGCUAUAAAGAUGCUACACCGUAAUAGCUGGCAGGGUCCUUCAGAAUUUCAGAAAGAGGUCAAUAUUUUGUCCAAUUUGAGGCAUCCAAACCUUGUAACUCUCAUUGGAGUCUGCCCAGAAGCUUGGAUUCUUGUCUAUGAAUAUCUUCGUAACGGAAGCCUUGAAGAUAGACUGAGCUGCAGAGACAACACUCCCCCAUUAUCUUGGCAAACUCGAAUCAAAAUGGCAACAGAGCUAUGUUCUGUUCUUAUUUACCUCCAUUAUUGCAGUCCCCGUGGAAUAGUUCAUGGGGACCUCAAACCUGCCAAUAUUCUUCUAGAUUCCAACCAUGUGUGCAAGCUCAGCGGAUUUGGAGUAUAUCGCUUUAUGUCACAAGACGAAUCCUCAAGCAACAACACAAUACCGUGUUGCAGAACUGAUCCAACGGGCGCUUCUGCGUACAUGGACCCUGAAUUUCUUGCGACAGGAGAGCUGACUGCUAAAUCAGAUGUCUAUUCAUUCGGAACUAUAUUACUGCAGUUGUUGACUGGACGAACUGCUCUGGAUUUGUUAAAGGAAGUGCAAUCUGCAUUAGAUAAGGGGAGUCUGAAAGACCUGCUUGAUCCUACAGCUGGGGACUGGCCAUUUGUGCAAGCCCAACAGUUAACUCACUUGGCAAUGAGGUGCUGUGACAAGAACUGUAAAGGCCGGCCAGAUCUUGCAUCGUAUGUAUUGAGGAUGCUAGAACCAAUGAGGAUUUCAUGCGGAGGCUCAUCGUUUCGGUUGAGCUCUGAAGAGCAUUGCCAGACUCCACCAUAUUUUGUUUGCCCCAUUUUUCAGGAAGUCAUGCAAGAUCCUCAUGUGGCAGCUGACGGCUUUACCUAUGAGUUGGAGGCUGUGAGAGGAUGGAUAGACAGUGGCCACGAUACUUCGCCCAUGACUAACCUCAGCCUGUCACACUGCAAUCUUGUGCCGAAUCAUGCUCUUCGUUCUGGUAUUCAGGAGUGGCUUCAACAGCCAUGAAAUGUAUACUAAAGGUUUCACGAUUUUGUCACGCAUUGUCUUUAUAGUAAUUGUUUUUCAUGCUUCUUUGUUUAGUUGUUGGGUAUUCUACUUUGAAUGAUUGAUUGAGAAGAAGUUGGAUUAUCUUCCUCGGAGGUAAUCAGCAUCAUAGUCAUGUAUAGAUGAAAGCGCCAAUAUACUUGCUAUGCAAUGUCUUUACAUUUUUUCCUUCAAA